AUGAAGAAACCUAAGGAAUCCCGCCCCGUGGAGAAACUGUGGCAGUGUGGCGACUGUGGGAAAGGCUUCCGUUUCCCAUCUGACCUGGAGACUCAUGGGCGCAGUCACACCGGGGAGAGACUGUUCUCCGGCUCUGAGUGCGGAAAGGGCUUCAGCAAUUCCUCCCGCCUGCUGAGCCAUCAGCGGGUCCACAUUAGGGAGAGACCCUUCAGCUGCCCUGAGUGCGGGAAGACCUUCAGCAAUUCUUCUGUACUGCAGGGGGACCAGCGGGUCUACACGAGUGAUAGGCCUUUCCCCUGCCCCGAGUGUGGAAAGGGCUUCAGCAAUUCCUCCCUCCUGCUGAGGCACUAG